AUGUUGCAUUGCCGCGGGCACGGCGGCAGCAGCAACAUCUGGCGCAGCAGCAACACGGGAUGUUAUCAGCCGCAACUGUGGUUGCUAGCCAGGCUAAGCUCGCGAUGCGAUGCCAAUGUUCGACGCCACAGCUCCAGCUUCAGCUUCGUUCACCUUCCUCCUUGCCUUGCCCGCGGGCGUUCGCUUUAUGCCCUGGGUGCUGGGAGCUGGGUGUUGGGUAAGCUGGAUCUGGAACCGGAGACGGAGGCCAGGGCAAUAACAAGAUUAGAUCGCUGGAAGAAGAGACCGCCGCCGGCCAUCCGGCAAUGGGAAAAGGGUAAAGCGCAAACGAAGCUGCCACUGACAAUCCACAAAGCGAGGUCCGAAUGGUUGGACAAGACCCCAAGUCCCUCCGAUUCCGGUGGCCCGUUUAAGUUUUCCUCGGAACACGGCCAGGUGAACAUUAAUCAAGCCAAACAACCAAAUAACUUAUGGCCCCGGCUAAUAGAGACAUUCGGCCAACAACCAAGCCAGAAACAUGACGACUAUCGCCAUGGCUAUGAAACUGUAAACUAUGAGCCAGCGCUCAGUCAGAUAAACAAGAUAUUCCUCCUGUUUCUCGGAUCCUAUGAAAUAUCGGCUGAAUUACUGGACCAUAACUGUGGAUUAACAAGGAAUCCUCUGCGAAAUAAGCGGAUGAAAGGAGGAAAAAAUGCGGAUAUAUUAUCGAAUCCAUGGAUGGUUCUGUUGGUCGAUAAUUCGAAUUCGGGCGAUUCCAUUGCUGGCGGCUCACUCAUAAAUUCGGGCUUUGUACUGACUGCUGGACAUACCGCCUCUUUUAAAAAGGUGCGCUUGGGCGAAUACGACAGGGAAAGUAGUUCAGAUUGCACACCAUCGGGUUGCAUUCCAAGUACUUUCGAUAUUGAUAUCGCUGAAAGUAUAAUCUACCCUGCGUUCGAAUCAGAAUCUCUUCAAAACGAUAUUGCUCUGCUUCGGCUGGCCAAGAAAGUGACUUUCUCAGAUUAUAUCAGGCCAAUCUGCCUGCUUGUCAAUGAGCGACUGAGAGAAACUACUUCAUCGUUUGCGGUCACUGGGUGGGGAAGAACGAAUGAUUUUCCAACAAGCCGAAUUCUGCAGACAGCCAGUAUAAACCGUGUUAAUAUCACGGUUUGUAUGGAGUUUUAUGAAUCGCAAAAUGACGGCACCCAGAUAUGUGCAGGAAGUGUGGAUAGCGACACAUGCGUUGGAGACUCGGGAGGUCCAUUGAGUGCAAAGCUAGCCUAUGGAAAUACUAUUCGGGUCUUUCAAUUUGGAAUUAUCAGCUAUGGAACCUUUACUUGUGAUGCCCCCAGUCUCUACACAAACGUUUCGCACUACAUGGAGUGGAUUGUGAAUGUUACGAGUAGAUACAGCUAAGAAAUAAA